AUGGAAUCGUCCAUAGAACAAGUCGCUGCCAAGUGCAGCAAGCAGCUGGACACCUUCCAACGCUGCAUCCUCGCCAAUCAGCAGAACCCCGGAGCAUGUGAGACGUACAAAACCGACCUUUCUCGCUGCGCCGCAUCAGCCGUCCCCUUGCUCAACGAAAUCAAGAAUCGCUGCGUAGCGCAAGUCAUCGCGUACGACAAGUGUCUCGAGCAGUACUCGUCCAAGGGAGAUGCCGAGCUGGAAAAAGCCUGCACGCCCAGAUUGAGGGACCUCUGGUUCUGCACCGAGAAGGUCAAGCGGGAGAUCGAGGGUAGUGAGAAUGCCGAUCUGCAGAAGAGCAAGCUGGCGGGGAGGGAGGCGCUGUCAAAGUAA